UAUAUAAGUAUACAAAGAUAAUUUUUCGAAAUUGUAAAAAGAUUAAAAAAAGGAAUUUUUAAAAAGCCCGCGCGUCGCGAUUCUGAAAAUGCAGAGGUCACGAUUGGUUGUUGCGCAAUGGCUGUGACGUCAUAAAGGAGACUGACUAAGUCUGGUACCCAUACAACUCACGCACGCUACGCAAGCCCCACAUGUAAUGUGCGUGCAUUAUUUCAUUUAUUGUCCGCUGAUUCUUUCUUCGACGAAGUAAACAUGUCAGACUCUGAAAACUCCGGUGACGAAUUUUGGGAAGAAAUCAGUGUAGACUCUGAUGGUUUCAGUGAAGGAUCUGAAAGUACCUCAGGGGGAUCGGGAGACAGCGAUGACGUUGAGCCAGACGAUGAGGAUGAGGUGGUUCGUGGGGCUGAACCAUAUAGAUUCGAGCCACUGGCAAGACCACGCCAACAGCAAGGUGACGCUGCUGCUGCUGACGACGCCGACCCCGAUGAAGAACAAGAUGGGAAUGACCAAGCUGCCAAUAACGAACGAUUGAACAAUACCGACUGGUGUUCCUGUGGUAAAUGUGUGGUGAUGGAGUUCGUUCAUAACUGCAUUUGCUGUAAAGAGAUUGCAGCCAUACAGGAGAAAAUCGUUCAUACUGGAGUCGACACUGAGGGUUUCAGAUGUUUUACAGACCAUCCCUGGUAUUCGGCUACAUGUCUGAACCCCGGAACACUAGAGACAGCGUACUAUGCGUACCGACAACAGUAUGGGGCUAGAGCUGUUGAAGGUGACCUUCCACGAAAGUACAGACAUGUGUCUUAUCGGCAGGUGAUCAGGUGGUGUUAUGGUUACCUUGGAAGACACAACAGAGUGCCCCUCCCAGCAUGCAUAAUGGGGAUAACCAGAACGACUUUCCCCGAUGAAGGAGGCAACUAUGAAGGGUUUAGAUUUCCUGACCUUGAUGACAUGUAGAUUUACAAUAUAAUAACACAUAACUGGAUGUCAGUAACACUUUUACAUGGUUUAGGAGUAAAUAUACACUUUACAAUGUAAAUAUGAUGAUAGUCUUUCAAAAAUGAGCUUGAACGGUCAAGCGUUUUUGUUAAGUUUACAAAAGAGGCCUUUGCAUUUUUGGUUGUGUUUUUUUUUUACAAAAUAUUUUACAUUCAAAGUUAUUUGAAUCUAAUUGAGGGAACGCCAUGUCAAAUUCAAUUUUGUGAUGCACUCAUGGACGAGUAGGAAAAAUAAAACAGAAUUUGUAUUUUACAAUAAAAAAAACGUACACGUGUUUGUUAAUAUUCAAUAGUCAUAGACCUCACCAUGAUGUCAAAUUUGAAAAAUACGUUGUUACAUUUUUAUUUGAAAAUGUAGUGGUAGCCAUGGCUAGUUAUAUUGGUCGAGUUCAGUCGAAUAGUAUUCUAGUGUGCAAACCAAGUAACAAUAAAUGCAUGCUGAAAUGAAUGCAUAAUGAAUAUCAAAGGA